AUGAGACAGGCAGGAGAGAAAACCACAGUGACACAGAGGAAGAGGGCGGGCUUCACUCAGCCUCUCUACCAACAAACCUCAACAGUUGAUCACAGAGCACCGAGCAGGACCAUGAAGGAGACGUCUCUACAUCUGCUCUUUGUGAGCUCACUGCUGAUCUGCUCAACAAACCAAGCUCGUCUGACUGUGAGUCCCAGCAGCUCUCAGUUUUUUAAAGGAGACUCUGUCUCUCUGAGCUGUGAGGAGGACGACAGCUCUGCUGGAUGGAGGCUGUGGAGGACGACAACCAGAGACACCAGAGCUGAGUGUAAAGAAUGGGGAGAAUCAUCUGGUUCUUCCUGUAGCAUCAGCUUCACCCUCCCAUUGGACAGUGGAGUUUACUGGUGUGAGUCCAGAGAGGGAGCAACCAGUAACAUCAUCAACAUCAAUGUCACUGGUGGAUCAGUGAUCCUGCAGAGUCCUGUCCUCCCUGUGAUGGAGGGACAUGAUGUCACUCUGCACUGUAAAACAAAGACCACUCCCUCCAACCUCCCAGCUGCUUUCUAUAAAGAUGGCUCCCUCAUCAGGACUGAGCCUACAGGUCACAUGACCAUCCACCAUGUUACCAAGUCUGAUGAAGGCCUCUACAAGUGUAUCAGCAGUCAUGGAGAGUCUCCACCCAGCUGGAUCACUGUCACAGAGAAACCCACCACACCUGGACCUACACCCACCCCCACCUCCUCUUCCUCCUCUUCCCCUUCUUCUAGUUCCACUGACACCACCUCUCAUCCUCCUUUCAUUGUGACAGUGGUUGUUCCCUCUCUCUGUGGUCCGGUUGUACUGGUGUUACUGGUUCUUCUGGUGACCCUGUGUGUCCGGAGGAAAUCUAAAGCUGAUGCAGAGAGAGUUGGAGAAAAUGACGUCAAAACAUCACGUCAGCCAAUCAGACAGAGCAGAGAGAGUGAUCCAGCUGCAGUCUACUCAGCAGGGAGAACAGAAGACGUCACUUAUGGACAAAUAGUCAUCAAAGACAAAAAGUCAAAGACGAGAAAGACGAGAGGUACAGCUGCUCUUCUUUGUCUCCAUCAUGGUCCAACACUAGAACAAGAGUCUACAGCCAUGAGACAGUGAGGCUGUGCUCUGAGC